CUUACUUCACCAGCUGCAGACAGCUUCACAGAAUACAGAUCAAAAUCAAUCAAAAUCAGCUGUAAACAUCAAUAUGGCCGUUCAUACAUUCACAAAAUAAAAUUGUUUUUGCUAUAAAAUCAUACACUAAAAAAUAGAAAAGUGCAAAUAAAGUAGAGAAACCGCGUAAAAUAUUUUGUUGUAACUUUGCGAGCAGUCGGUGUUGAUGUUGACUAAAAGUGUUGCGUCAUGACAGAAUAGCCUCUCACUGACAAAUAAAUACAAUAAAAAUUGCUCACGAGAGAUUACGGCAAACAAGGAACAUUUCCAUUUCGCUCGUUUCACGUAUCUGUCGAGUAUUUAGCUAAUGUGAUAAAGUGUGCUACGAUAAUUAAAAUGAGCAGCGUACGUUUAAGCUUUGUGUCCGUUGGGAGGAUCGCUGUAAGGAGAAAUUCACAGUUGACAUCAGGAAGCGCACAAAGCUGCCGCACGGUGCGGCGGCCGUGCUCGCGACCGCUGAGCACGUGCGCCGUGCUGUGCAAGAGUCCCACCGAACAGCCGCCUGGACCUCCGCACUCCUCCAAAGAAGCUCCCGGAACAGGUUCGUCAUCAAGCGGCAAGAAGGGCGGCAGCGGCGUGCUCACGUGCCCCAAGUGCGGCGACCCGUGCACGCACGUGGAGACCUUCGUGAGCUCCACGCGCUUCGUCAAGUGCGACAAGUGCCACCACUUCUUUGUCGUGCUCAGCGAGGUGGACACCAAGAAGAGCAUUAAGGACAACGCUGACAGCAAAUCCGGAUUCUACAGAAAGCCUCCACCACCCCCCAAGAAGAUCUUCGAAUACCUGAACAAGCACGUGGUAGGCCAGGAGUACGCCAAGAAGGUUCUCUCCGUGGCCGUGUACAACCACUACAAGCGCAUCUACAACAACGUGACGGGCACCGGCGACGCGCACCAUCCUCUACACCACACGCAUAGAGACCUGCUUCACCUGAGCCACAGCACGGGCGGCGGCGGCGGCGUGGCGGGCGGGGGCGCGGAGGUGCUGGAGAGAAACCACCACGAGCUGAGAUUGGACAAGAGCAAUGUGCUGCUGUUGGGGCCCACAGGCAGUGGUAAGACGUUGCUGGCGCAGACGAUCGCACAGUGCCUGGACGUGCCGUUCGCGAUCUGCGACUGCACCACGCUCACGCAGGCCGGCUACGUCGGCGAGGACAUCGAGAGUGUCAUCGCUAAGCUGCUGCAAGAUGCCAACUUCAACGUGGAACGCGCACAGACCGGCAUCGUGUUUCUGGACGAGGUGGACAAAAUCGGCGCCGUGCCCGGAAUACACCAACUGAGGGAUGUUGGAGGCGAGGGCGUACAACAAGGCAUGCUGAAGAUGCUGGAGGGCGCUGUGGUAUCGGUACCGGAGCGCAACUCGCGCAAGUUGCGAGGCGACGCCGUGCAAGUCGACACGACCAACAUACUGUUCGUGGCCAGCGGCGCGUACAAUGGACUCGACAGGCUAAUCCAGCGUCGCAACAACGAGAAAUACCUAGGCUUCGGCGCCUGGGACCCCAAGUCCGGCCGACGCGCGGCCCUAGCGGCCGCCGCGGCUGACGCGUCCCCACUGGACAGCGCCCGGGAUGAGGCAGAUGAACGCGAUCAUUGGCUGAGAUCCGUGCAAGCGCGGGACUUGAUAGACUUCGGCAUGAUACCGGAGUUUGUGGGGCGAUUCCCAGUGCUGGUGCCGUUCCACAGCCUCAACCAGGACCUGCUCGUGCGGAUACUCACCGAACCCAAGAACGCUAUGGUGGCUCAAUACAAGUUACUAUUCGCAAUGGAUAAGUGUGAGCUUUCGUUCAGCGAUGAGGCGCUGCAAGCCGUCGCUUCGAUGGCCAUGGAGAGGAAAACUGGCGCCCGAGGACUGAGAGCGAUCAUGGAGAAUCUACUUCUGGAGGUGAUGUUCGAGAUCCCUGGCUCAGACAUCACUUGCGUCCACAUACACGAGGGCUGUGUAGUGAGGAGCGAGCCUCCCAGUGUGAGGCGCCGUACGCAGGAGAGGGAGGAGGAGCACCAUUGGCCCUCGGAAGCGUUAGAAAGCGUCGAGUGGCCGCGCACUAACGGCUGCUCUAUAUGACACUGUGAUCUCAAGUCAGAUUCGGAACCAUCUGUCAGCCAGUGCGCGCUGUGAGGGAGAAGUAUGGUGGAACGAACAGACAGACAAACAUACACACAUACCGAAUACCGCGGCCUUGCCUACUGUGACCGCAAGUCUUUUAUACUAUCAUUAGUUUUA